UGUCAUUUCUAAGUUUCUUGUUGUUGCUCUUGUUUAAUUGUUAUUAUUUGCGAAUUCGCGAAUUGCAGUCGACUGAUAAUGGAUAUAAGCGCGGAUGUGGAUCAGAUAAUAGCCCAGGCUCCGGACUGGACCUUUGCGGGCGACUGUGCUCUCCUGGCGCUGAUGAAGCGCAUUUCUCAGAAUCUGGAAGAAAGGGGCGAAAGGACCAGCCGCAAUCUGAGGGACUUUGAGACGAGUGUGAAGCAAGUGGAUAUAACGCUGAACAAUGCCACCAACAGCCUGCGCUCCCUGCAGUUUGGAAAUCAGUUCGUCGAGUAUCGGGUGGAGGAGGUGGAUGACGCUGAUUUGGCCAUGCCGGAGGAGAAGAAAAAGAAGCCGGAGCUGCCGCCCAAGAGUUCCGAGGAAAUGGCCAAGGAGUUUCUGGAAAACAACCUGCGCAUGUUCCGCAAAAACUACGAGCCAGUGACCAUAGAAGUGCCCGAUUCGGACGAUGAGGAUGGCCCCGUCAACUCAACAACCGUUUUCCGCGCUAAGAAUCCCUAUGAUGCGAUACCCCUGCCCUAUAUUAUCGGCACAAAAGAGUGGCAGGAGCACAAAUAUGCCGGACUGUAUGACAGUAAAGAGAAUAGUGAGGAUGACAGGUCCGAGGAAUUCUCGUCUAGCUCAUCGGACGAGAAAGACACCGAGUCCAAAACAAUAAGAAUGCCAUCGAACAAAUUAGAAGAACAUCAUCUAUCUGACUCCUCUUCCCUAGCCUCGUUUGCCAGGGAACCGGCGAUUGUGUCGCCAGUCAUUAAACCUGUUGUAAAGGUAGCAGAGCCUGCCAUCAGAACACAACCGCGUCCUAUUAUCAGUAGUCAAAGGAACCCACAUGAGCGGGACAUGUUUGCUGCACUGCGGCAAUCGCCACCCAGCGAUGACCCUCCAUCCACAUCAUCUUCGCCUACAUCGUCACCAGCAUUUAGGAAUCCAUCAAGUCGCCUUCCAAUCGCGUCUACUGCAUCGCUUAGUUCCAGCAGCAGUAGUCCUGCCCAACAGCCGCCAAGGCUUUUCGACGAAGCGGUUUUAACUCAAGCUCCAAAGGAAACUGAGAUCAAGCCAAGCCAAACUAAGCGCAUGCCAGUAAAUCUUUUUAAUGACGACGAGUUUAAAUCUUUCAUGUCCGAAAUCGUAGACAAGGUCCAGUCAAAAACGCCUAGCAGCUCCGUAUCCCCAGCAACGACAAUUUCAACACAAGAGCCACCAAAAACUGUAAAACCAACGGAACAAUAUUCAAAACCAGCGGCGCCAAAGCAGAUUGUUGAGCAAUCAGUUCCGAAACGUGUUAACCUCUUCGACGACAGUCCUCUGAGUCCAACUCCAAGGUCAGAGCCUGUCUUCAAUAAUACUAAAGCAACAGGUGCCAUACCAAAACAGAGUUCAGUCCAGAGUCCAGAUGAAGAUCUUUUUGGCAGUUCUCCUGCCUUGCCGAAGGAAAAUCCAUCUAAGAAGCCAACGAAACUGGUAACCAAAUCGCUGUUUGAUGAUGACUUGGAGGACGACGACUUCUUGAGCUCCUUUACACCCAAAGCAAAGCCACCAGAACAAAAACUGCUCUCGAAACCAAAGCCCUCUUUAUUUGAUGAUGAUGACUUGGAUAUCGAUGAUAUAUUUACGAAGCCAUCUGCUCAGCCCAAAAUGCUCUCUGAAAAAGUAGCAGGAAAGACCAGUUUGUUUGAAGACGAUGAUCAAGAUGAUGUCACUAAUUUGUUCGGAUCAAAAAAGACCAAGGAAAUUCAAAAGGAAACUUUUUCAGCUGUUUCGCCCGACAAAAAGGUUGUAACACCUGUGGCUUCAAAGAAAAGUCUGUUUGAUGAUAUUGAAGAUGAGGAUUUGUUCGGAACCCCAAAGGCUAAGAAUUUAAUUAGGAGUGAACAACAUAAUGAUCUGGAGACAAUUGAAGGUAGCGGGGCAACAAUUGAAAAGGAUAAGAAACAAAAUGAGAUUGUAGAACAGAAUUUCAAGAAUAUGGAAACUAAAGAAAAGCAGCUUCCACUAAUAUCAGAAGAUAAAUCUUUGCCUAUUCUAAGAGAUUCACCUCCUCCCAUGGAAGCUACGGAGAAAAAGGCUGAUGAGAAAGAAUGGAGGUCGGUUAACGAUGAUACAACAGCACCGAAUAUUCACAAAACAACAGAUUUGUUUAGUGAAGAUCUAACCGUCGAUGAGUCCUUCCCUAGUCCCUUAAAUAAUACGGCUGAACCGAAAGGUGCUAGUGAAACUAAAGAAUUUAACAAGCCAAUUGAAAAGAAUACGUCGCAAACUGAGGAAAAUGUAUCACCAGUUAUUCCUCCUAUAACAAUAUCUACCAAACCAACUGAUUUGUUCAACGAAGAUUUUAGCGAUGAUGAUACAUUUUUGAGUAUAUCCAUGUCUAAGAAUAAGCCAGUAGCCACUACUGAAACCGAAGAAAUUAGGAAGCCAUCUGCGAAGCAUUUGGUGAAUGAGAUUAAGCCAGAAGAACUACCACAACAACUGCCAGAGAACAAAAUAGAUGAUACAACAGCCGUCGAUGAAAAGGAUGAAAUUGUGCCUGAAGUGUUAGGGAAGUCUCAAAUAGAUGAGCCAGUUUCUGAAAGUCCUCCACCAGACGAUUAUCAAAGCAACGAAGAUCCCAUUAUAUCAAUGGUAGCUGACGUGACUAAUAAAACAUCAGUUGAUACACUUACCCCGAAAAAGCCAGCGGAUUUGGCUGCUGCGCAGCAAAUCAUGCAGAAUUAUUCGAAUCUCUUUUCCGACGAGCCGCCGGAUGACAGCGAAUUCUUCCAAACGCUCGGCAGCAGCGGUCUCAGCAGCCUAAGUGCCUCGAAAAUCUUUGACAGCGAGCACGACUUCUUCGAACCCGCUCUUCCAAACAUUCCCAGUGCGACAAAGCCAUCUCCAGUGACGCCUGGAGAUCAACCUUCUUUGUCAUCCGACUACGGUGGCAUGUGCUUAUUUAGUGAUGUGCCACCCGAAGAUAACGAUCAUGAUGGCGAGGAAGUGCAGAAUCAAGCUGAAGCUGAGAAAGACGAGUUCGCGUCAACCACCCGAAUACACACAAUCUUCUACGAUGAUUUCAGUGAGACGGCAAGGGCAGGAGCAGUGCAGCCAGCUUCCAAGCAGUUCACUUUUGAUGAUGAGCCACCGCCAGCUGAUGAACCCGAUCGUAGUAAAGUUAAGGAGACCCCUGAGUUGCGAAAUCCCACUUCUCCCGUUAAGAAGCUUAAAAUGCCUAACAUCAACAUCAAUGUUCAUGCCUUACUUCCCGGAUCUUGAGGCGCGCCAAAGCUGCUCAGGAAAACAGAAUCAUCGAGUUCCGAAAGAGACGAAUCUCAAGCCACAGCACAGCCUGAGGUUUCGGCACCACAGGCUGAGGUUUCGGGACAAACCACAGUGCCUUCUCCAGACGGCGCCCUGCAGCAUGUGAACAAAUCUCGCGCCCGGGGGCCUGCUAAAAGGCGACCUUCUACCAGAAGGGGAAGAAAGGAAAACUAUGCCAAAAGCUUAUUGGAUGCGGGACGAGAUGAAGGCCCUCCAACUGCUUCGCCCUCCAUUCAAAGGAGGUCCUCUAAAGAUAGCCCAGAAGUGGAACACUCCGAGCCCAGUCCCAUUGAGGCACCCCUUUCUCAGCAUGUUAAGCCUGAAAAGUUGAUUUCAGCUCCAGCACAGCAGAUCCAGCCACAGCUCCAAAGACCGCAGCCUUCUAAUGUAGGUGGCUCUUUUUUGGACAGUCCCGAUGAAGAUGAUUCCUUCUUUAAUUCCGUUCCGACAAAGACUGUUGAGGGAAAGCAGGGCUCCGAUCCGCCUAAGUCAUAUCGUUCGUUUUUGGAUAGCCCUGAUAAAGAUGAUCAUCUUUUCAGUGAUCUUGAAAAUAACACGACUGAAAAGCGGACGGCGGCGGCACAAACAGUUUCCAAUGAACCACCAGUGGAUAGGCGGAAGCUAGAGAAGACCUUGCCGCCGCCAAAGAUGGCCAACUCUUUUUUGGACAGCCCAGAUGAAGAUGAUGAUUUCCUAUUUAAUUCAAUCAAAACAAAGGCAACGCCUAUAACUCAACAGUCACUUGCCCCUGCAGCAGAAAUAGUGAAUGCAUCUCAAAAAGUCACAACUGCUCCCCCAAAACCAUCGAACGCCAAGUUGGCUGCAAAAGAACAAACUAAACCCAAGUCGCAGGCUGCGCCUAAACUGUUCGAUGAUAGCGAUGACGAUGAUGAUCUGUUUGCCAAUGCUGCUGCAUCAGCUCCUAGUAUCCAACCCGCCAGCAGGCCUGUCCAAACUAAACAGCAACCCAAACCAACGGCGACUUCUCUUUUCAGCAGCGAUGAUGAUGAAGCCGAAGUUCCAGCAAAGACUGCUCCUGCUAAGAAGUUACCAGUUAAAGCGAGCAAAAGCCUCUUUAGCGACGACGAGGAUGAUGAUGACCUGUUCGGAGGAAGCUCCACGUCCAAAGGUGCUACCAAAAAGUCUAAACCCGUGGCCAGGACAGCAACGAAACCACCUGCCAGUAAAACCGCCACGUCUACUGCAACCAUUCCUGCAAACUCCGGUGAUAAUCCAUUGGCCGAUCUUCUUGAUUUCAAGUAAAAACAGUUACGCCUUUUAUUACAAGUAUGUACAGUUUUUGAUCUGUGGAUGGUUAGACUGUCGAUCAGAGUAUUGUUAUCCGUAUUCCUAUUAUCUAUGUAUAUUAAACAAUGAAUGUCAAUGUC